GCCCUGGAGCUGGCUGAGCAGUUUGAGCCCGAGGACAUCCGGAGGGUGACGCUGGCCCUGGCCCACCAGAGCCGCCGCUGCGUGCCCCUGCUCAGAGCCCUCUCCUACCACCUGCUCCAGAAGCACCCCGAGCUGCCCCUCGGCCUCCUCACCGACCUCAUCUUCGCCUACGGAAGGCUGAAUUUCCACCAGCCCCAGGUCUUCCAGAAGAUUGCCACUGACCUGCACCCCCAGGUGGGCAGCAUGGGGCCCGUGGAGGUGACGCGCUGCGCCCGCUCCUUCGCCCUCCUCAAGUGGCUCAGCCUGCCCCUCUUCGAGGCCAUUGCUCAGUACGCCCUGGACAACAGGCAGCAGCUCUCAGGCACUCAGCUGUGUGGCAUCAUCCUGUCCUUUGCUCGCCUCAACUUCCAGCCCAGUGCAAGCGAGGACUUCUUCAGCAUGGUCCACGAGCAGCUGGAGGGGCAGCUGGAGAGCCUGGAGCCUCACCUCCUGACAGACCUGGUGUGGUCCCUCUGUGUGCUGCAGCAGGCCAGGGCUCCCUACCUGCAGCGAGUGCUGGCCCCCGACUUCCACGCCCAGAUCAGAG